AUGGAUUUAUUAGAUUCAAAUCUUGAUUUAGAAAUUGUUUUUGGUGGUUGCGGAGCUUUAGUGUUCGUCAUCGAUGCUCAGGAUGACUAUAUGGAUGCCUUAAAUAAACUUAAUGUAACUGUUACCAAAGCCUUUAAGGUAAAUCCCAAUAUCAAAUUCGAAACUUUUAUUCAUAAAGUCGAUGGUCUGACAGAAGAUAAUAAGAUGGAAACUCAACGAGAUAUUCAUCAGCGAGCUAAUGAUGACUUAUCCGAUGCAGAAAUCAAUGCUGAGCAGAAAAUAGACCCAUUAUGGCUACAGAUUAAAGAAGCAAUGUUUCAUACAGCAGUAGCGAUAUGCGGGAAGAAAAAGAUAAAUAGUGGAUCAAAAAAGACCCACUGGUAG